CCUACAUAGACAUGAGAAGCCUAUAUGAGUUGCUUGUUUGAAGCCAAAUAUCUCAUUGUUCUCUAUCUGCUUAAACCUUAGAAAUAAUCAAUGGAGGCUCAUUUUGUGGCUCCCUUUCCAUUGAUGUUUCUGAUCACUCUUUGGCUUUUACUGGCUCAUCAUGCCAAAGCUGAAAGUUCCACAUAUGUAGUUCACAUGGACAAGUCGCUCAUGCCUCAACUCUUUGCAAGCCAUCAUGAUUGGUAUGAAUCCAUCAUCCAUUCCAUAGACUUGGCAAUAGCUGAUGAUCCAUCAAAGCAACAAGAGCUGAAACUAGUGUACACUUAUGAUAAUGCCAUGCAUGGAUUCAGUGCAGUGUUAUCAUCAGAGGAGUUGGAGAGUCUAAAGAAAGUUGAUGGCUUUGUGACAGCUUAUCCUGACAGGUCUGCCACCGUAGACACCACACACACCUUUGAGUUUCUGUCAUUGGACACCCCCGGAGGAAUAUGGAAUGCUUCAAAUUUUGGGGAGGGUGUCAUUGUGGGUCUCAUAGACACUGGAAUAUGGCCUGAAAGUGCCAGUUUCAAAGAUGAUGGCAUGAGCAGAAAUAUCCCAUCCAAAUGGAAAGGAACAUGCGAGCCAGGACAAGACUUUGAUGCCUCCAUCUGUAACUUCAAAUUGAUUGGAGCCAGGUACUUCAACAAGGGUGUGAAAGCAGCGAAUCCAAAUGUCACAAUCAGCAUGAACUCAGCGAGAGACACUCAGGGUCAUGGAAGCCACACAUCAUCUACUGUUGCUGGCAAUUAUGUGAAUGGUGCCUCUUUCUUUGGCUACGCCAAAGGGGUAGCCAGAGGCGUUGCACCUCGAGCUAGGCUUGCCAUGUAUAAGGUCCUUUGGGAUGAAGGGCGUCAAGCCUCUGAUGUUCUUGCAGGAAUGGACCAAGCCAUUGCUGAUGGGGUUGAUGUCAUUUCCAUUUCUUUGGGUUUUGACAGUGUUCCGCUUUAUGAGGAUCCUGUGGCAAUAGCUGCUUUUGCAGCAAUGGAAAAAGGGGUUCUGGUUUCAUCUUCAGCUGGCAAUGAAGGUCCUGAUAUUGGUACUUUGCAUAAUGGAAUCCCUUGGGUCCUAACAGUUGCAGCAGGCACCAUAGACCGAACUUUUGGCAGUUUGGCUCUUGGCAAUGGCCAAACCAUUGUGGGUUGGACCUUGUUUGCAGCAAACUCCAUAGUGGAGAAUUUUCCACUUAUUUACAACAAGAAUCUAUCGGCGUGCAACUCGGUUAAACUGUUAUCCGAAGCAGCCACAAGAGGGAUCAUUAUAUGUGAUGCCUUUGACUCAAUUUCUGUCCUUGAGCAAAUAGAUCUUGUUACUGCAGCCAGUGUGGUAGGAGCUGUGUUUAUCUCCGAGGAUCCACGGCUACUUGAAACAGGACGUUUGUAUUCUCCAAGCAUUGUGAUCAGCCCAAGUGAUGCACCAUCCGUGAUCAAGUACGCAAAAAGUGUUGAGAAUCCCUUUGCCAGCAUCAACUUUCAACAAACGUUUGUUGGAAUAAAGCCAGCACCAGCUGCUGCAUAUUACACUUCAAGAGGUCCUUCACCAAGCUACCCGGGGAUCUUAAAGCCUGAUGUAAUGGCACCUGGCUCAAAUGUUCUGGCUGCUUUUGUUCCAAAUAAACCUUCAGCUAGAAUUGGCACAAAUGUGUUUCUCUCUAGCGACUACAAUUUUUUGUCUGGAACAUCCAUGGCAUGUCCUCAUGCAUCUGGUGUUGCUGCUCUUCUAAAAGCAGCACACCCUGAUUGGAGUGCAGCUGCUAUAAGAUCUGCACUGGUCACCACUGCCAACCCUUUUGACAACACUCAAAGUCCAAUUAGGGAUAAUGGUAACCCAUUGCAAUAUGCUUCUCCUCUUGCCAUGGGAGCUGGUGAGAUUGAUCCUAACAAAGCACUUGAUCCAGGUUUCAUAUAUGAUGCCACCCCUCAGGACUAUGUUAACCUUCUUUGCGCUUUGGGCUACACACAGAACCAGAUCCUAACUAUCACAAGAUCAAUUAUUUACAUAUGUGCCGAUAACCCAUCAUCUGAUCUUAACUACCCUUCUUUUAUAGUCUUGUACAGUAACAAAACAAGAUCAACAGUCCAAAAGUUCAGGAGGACCGUGACCAAUGUUGGAGAUGGUGCUGCUACGUAUAGAGUGAAGGUGAAACAACCUAAGGGCGCUGUUGUUAAGGUUUCUCCAGAGACAUUGUCAUUUGGCUAUAAGAAUGAAAAGCAAAACUACUCAGUUACCAUAAAGUACAGGAGAAAUAAGACGGAAAAUAUCCCAUUUGGGGACAUUGUUUGGGUUGAAGAUGGUGGUGCACGCAAGGUGAGAAGCCCCAUUGUUGUGGCACCUAGUGAAAUUGCUUAAGUUGAAGUUUGAUUACUUCUUAGUGGCCAUAAUAACAAAUAAAAGUACCAUGCAGUUUGUAAUUUGUUACCUAAUACUGGAGUUUUGUCUGGCUAGGAUAAUCACGAAGGACAUGUAGAGCAUGAUAUAUAUAAUAUAAUGUAUAGCUGGUGUUUAGUUGUUUGAAAAGGAUUUGGAGAAAUACUUGGAAUAAGGACAAAAACUGUGGUAUCGAUGAAUAAAUUUGGUUUGUUUUUAGGCAUCAAACAUGUGUUUUGCCGAUGAGUCUUGUUGUCUUUGCUUAUUUAAAAGCAAUGAUUCAGGUAGCUGUCGCAUCUUGUAUCAGCAUAAUUAUAUAUGUGUGUGCAUUUAUAAUAUAUUCUAUACUACAUAUUGUAACACAAACAAAAAAAAAUCUUUUUAACA